CAGCCACCGGACUCUGCUGACUACUGAUGGCACCAGCCAGGAGCCUCGGCCUCCUGCUCUUUCUGCUACUGGGUUCAGAUGAGAUGCCCACUGAAGAACCGAGGAAUCCCUGCAAACUCAAGGAGGACCGUCAGUACAGCAGCUUCGAUUUGAACGACAUCGCUACAUGCUUCACCAUGUGCAAGGGGUCGGCGGACAGCCCCUGUGAUGUGGGGAACCUGCAGAGAUACUGGCUGAAAUAUGAGUCCUACCUGUUGGAGAAUUCCAUGGAGACUGUGGACCUGCCUUUUGUUAAGGCCUUGAUUCAGAACAUCAGCACAGAUGUCUCAGAAGACCUGCUGUUCUCUCUGAUGCCCUCCCAGAUCCCAAAGCAGGUGAUGCAGGGUGAGGAACAGCCCGCUGACAGAGUCCGACUUCCCAAGAGCCUGUUUGGAGCCCUCCUGCCUGGCAAUGGGUCUGCUGUCCAGUUGGCCAUAACUAUUCUGAACAUUAGUGAAGGGGAUGUCUUCAAGGGCCCCAAGCUCCUCCAGGACAAUGGUGGCAGCGUGUUGAACAGCCGCAUGGUGGGCUUGAGUGUGGGCCAGAUGCAUGCCACUGGACUGUCGGAGCCGGUGGAGAUCACCUUUUCCCACCAGCGCCAACCCCCUAAUAUGAUCCUCACGUGUGUGUUCUGGGAUGUGGCUAAAGGAAACUGGGAUACCCAAGGCUGCUCCACAGAGCCCGGGGAUGAGAGGACUGUCUGCCGCUGCGACCACUUGACCUUCUUCGCCUUGCUGCUGAGGCCGAUCUUGGACCUGGCCACAGCACAGACUCUCACUCACAUCUCCCAAGCAGGCUGUGGAGUCUCCAUGAUCUUCCUGGCUCUCACCAUCGUUCUCUAUGUUGCCCUCAGGCUCUCUCUGCAGAGGUUCAAGUCUGAAGAUGCCCCUAAGAUCCACAUGGCUCUGAGCGGCAGCCUGUUCCUCCUGAAUCUUACCUUCUUGAUCAGCGUGGGGAGCAGCUCUCAAGGCUCCCCAGCGUCCUGCUGGUUGCGAGCUGCCGUCAUGCAUUAUUUCCUGUUGUGUGUCUUCACCUGGAUGGGCCUGGAGGCCUUCCACCUCUACCUGCUGGCCAUCCGGGUCUUCAAUACUUACUUUGGACACUAUUUCCUGAAGCUGAGCCUGCUGGGCUGGGGCCUGCCUGCUCUUGUGGUUAUUGGAGUUGGGAGUAGCAACAGUUACGGUGUUUACACUAUUCGAGACCAGGAGAACCGCACCUCGCUGGAGCUGUGCUGGUUCCAGAAAGAGCCCGCCCUUUAUGCUACUGUCCACGUCUACUUCCUUGUCAGCUUCCUCUUUGGAGCUGUGGUGCUGGCUCUGGUGGCCUGGAAGAUCGUCACUCUGCCCAGUGCCACAGCGGGCAAAGAACGGGGGCAGACCUGGAAGUCGGUCUUCACUGUUCUGGGCCUCUCAAGCCUGGUGGGCAUGACCUGGGGGCUGGCUGUUCUCACCCCCCUGGGCUUGUCCACCAUCUACAUCUUCGCCCUCUUCAACUCGCUGCAAGGAGUCUUCAUCUUCGGCUGGUUCACCAUCCUCUACUUCCCAAGGCAGAGCACCACAGCCUCCUCCUCCGGCACUGCCCGCGUGGACCAGGCCCACUCCGCGUCACAGGAGUAGGUGGCUACAGUUUGCUCUCACCUCAGCUGGGUUGGGCGACCUCGGACAGCUCUCUACUUUCUUGGUCUCCAUUGCCUUCUCUGUACAGCGUGUCUGAGGAGGGAGAGGAGGGGGACCAGGCUGGACCAUGUGGCUUCAAAGCUCCCCUACAGAGGGCUGGAUAGACUGAUGGUUUGAAGAGGACACUGGUUCAGUUCCCAGCACCCACAUGGUGGCUCACAACUGUCUGUAACUAUAGUUCCAGGGGACCUGACACUCUCUUCUGGCCUCCAAGGGCAGCAGGCAUGAAGGUGUUGUAUAUACGUAUGUGCAGGCAAACAAACACUCAUACACAUAAAAUAGAAAUUAAAAAACAUUUUGAAAAGCUCCAUUUCAGAUGUGUCCAUGGGUCCAAAAAGCUACAAAAGCAGAUUUGUGGGAGACUAGAGUCUCUUAUUAGCCUGAGACCACUCCCUCAGCCCCCAGCAGAGUGUCAUCUUUACCCCUGUUGCCAUGGAGACAGAUCUCUACAGCUAAGCAGCUGCUUUCAGCAUGGACCACCUCUCGUCUCGCUAGGAGCCUGAGCCAAAGAGAGGAGACUUGGUGAAGGCCCUUGCAGAGACUCUAGCCUUUCCCCAUCUUGCCCUGUCACUGUCCCUCCAAUCCCACCUUACAGCUGCCUGUCCGUCCCCACCCAGGGACAGUCACAGGCUACUGUUCCCCACGCGCCAGGGGAGCAGAGGACUGGAGGUUUGUUUGGGGGCUUUGGUGAUCUUCUGUCUACACCACCCUCUUCUCUGUGCUCCCCAGUCGGGGCUCAUCCUAAUUCCAACUGCUGCUCUGCUGAGGGUUGAGGUCCUCCUAGGGACACUUUCCGAGAAUGCCACUCAGGGUGAGCGUCCGGGAACACCCCCCCACACACACACACACCCUACUUGACUGCCAGGCGUGUGGUCCGACUCUGAUCUGCUGUCAUUGUGGGGGCAGAAGUAGAGGUCCAGAGCUGGAGGCAUGCCUGGUCCAUCCACAUUCGUGUAUGUGGCUAAGGGGAAAGGGAGAAAAGGCAAUCCUUCCCACAAUGUCUGUACGCCUAUAACUAGGGACCUGGACAGCCUUGCCCACCAUUUCAA